UUGUCACUUGUUUGACUGACACUCGUAUAAAAAGUACGUUCUCGGAUAGGUAAUACUUGUUUACGUUCCUGUGCGUAUAAAUUAAAUCCAACAGGACAUUAGGCGAGCAUACUUUAUCAACAGAACAAUGUUCGUUUGGACCGUUAUGGUAACAGUUUGUUUGACGCUAAACGGACCGUGUUCAUCGUUAAAAUAUCCGAAUGACUACGGGCCGACGUUGUUCGAGGGCGGUCGCAAUAAUGUAACGUUCGACUUCAUAGUGGUGGGUGCCGGUAGCGCGGGUGCGACGGUUGCGGCCCGGCUGAGCGAGGUACCGGAGUGGAACGUUCUGUUGUUGGAGGCCGGCGGCGACCCUCCUGACUACACGGAGAUCCCGGUGAAGUACAGUGAGGCGCUGAAAAGCGAGUACGAUUGGGCGUUUUUCACGGAGCCCGAGCGAAACCGGUUCAAAGGGCUAGAGGACGAGAGGUGUCUGAUAUCCCGGGGUUAUAUGUUGGGCGGCUCGUCGUCCAUGAACGCAAUGAUGUACGUGCGGGGAACGCGGCAAGACUUCAUGGAGUGGGAACGUCUGGGCAAUACCGGAUGGGGUUUCGAUGACGUGCUGCCGUACUUCCUGAAGUCGGAAGACUUCACCGGUCACAAGCGAUCCGAUCCGGGAUCACUACACGGCAUGGGCGGUCCGCUCACGGUCAGCCCGUUCGAGUCCGUGGACCCGCUGCUGCCCGUCGUGUCGGAAGCGUGGCGCCGACUCGGCAUGACCGAAGUGGACGAUCUGAACAGGAUCGCGCCGCCCGUGGUCGGAUACGGUAAAGUGGACGGCACCGUUCGGCACGGUCUCCGGUGCAGUACGCUCAAGGCGUUCCUUGUGCCAGCCGGUCACCGGCCGAAUCUGUUCGUGUCCAAAAACACGCGGGUGACCCGAGUGCUGGUGGACGACCGAGGCGCGGCCAAUGGGGUGGAAUUCUUAACGCCGUGGGGCGAGGCGAGGCACGUGCGCAGCUCACGCGAGGUGAUACUGUCCGCGGGAGUGAUAAUGAGCCCGCAGAUACUCAUGGUGUCCGGCGUGGGGCCCAGGCAGCACCUGCGCGAGCACGGCGUACACGUGGUCAGCGACCUGCCGGUCGGUUACAAUUACCAAGACCACGUGGCAUUUCCGGGGCUCGUGUUCAGCGACCGCAAGCACCGUCCGCAAGCAGAGAUGGCACGCGAGGCCGAGCAGCUGAUCCGGCGCACAGUCAACUUGACAUCCAGCGGCGUGGCCACGCUGGGUAUCACGAACCUGAUGGCGUUCGUGCGGAGCACACGGUACGCGGAGCACGCGGACGUGCAGAUGAUACACAUCCGGGUCCCGUUCAACAGCACCCGGAAGACGUCGGACGGCAGGAGCAAGUUGUCCGGCUUAUUCGGGUUCUCGGACGCCACAGCCGCGCUGUACGACCGGUUGAACACGUUCAGCGACAUGCUGAUGGUGAUACCGGUGAACGUCAACGCACGGAGCGUGGGCCGGAUCACGUUGAGGUCCGCGGACCCGAGGGUGUACCCGAGGAUCUACGCCAAUUACUUGUCGCACGACGACGAGUUCGAGGUGUUGUUGCGUGGCAUCGACUACGUGGUGGAGCUGUCCAGGACCGAGCCGAUUAUCAGCGCGGGCCUGGUGCUCGAACCGAUCGAGUUCCCUGGCUGCCGUCAGCACGUGUGGGCCACCCGGGACUACUGGGCGUGCGCCGUUCGGCACGUGGCCACGUCGUUCUACCACCCGGUGGGCACGUGCAGAAUGGGACCGGACGGCGAUCGGCGAUCCGUCGUCGAUCUGACGCUCAGGGUCAGAGGCGUGCACGGGCUGAGGGUAGUGGACAGCUCGAUCAUGCCCAAGAUUGUUUCGGUGAACACCAACGCGGCGACCAUAAUGAUCGCGGAAAAGGCGUCCGACAUGAUAAAAAAAUGUCACGGCAAGGCUUAAUAACAUAAUAUGGAUCGUCAUCGGAUCACGGCACGUCAAAGAUAACAUAUCAUACCUAGCCGAAAUUUAAUAUACGAACUGCGGGUAACCGAAUGUUCUCUACAAAGCGA